AGCGCAAAGCCGCAAUAAUUCGGUGUUUGUUUGUUCCUGCUGUUUUCAAUGUGUCUCUCGUUUCCCCUCAGAUCUCGCAAUCUGGGGCUUGCUCUGAUAUCGAGUUCAAGAUUGGCACACUCUGCGCUUCGUGCAACGGUAUUCCCUUCAACUCGUAUUCAACAGUAUCAACCACGACGCCGGGUCACGAUGAAUGCCCAAGAGCUCUCCCAGUACCUGGCUGAUGCCCCGCCUUCGGUCGUUAGGCUGGAGAUUGAGAAGCACUUCAACGCUCUUUCAGACAAGCAGAAGCGCUAUGCCCACUUCAUCAGCAAAGCCUCAUUUGCUGGCAACCGUAUCGUGUUGCGCCAGGUCUCGCCAGAGUCCGAGCAUAUAUAUGACUUGAUCCUGGCACUGCACAAGAGCGCCGGCGGCGACUGGAAGACACUCGCUGAGAAAGCCGGCGUCGACGAGGAGGGGCUCUCAGCCUUCCUGCAGUAUGCUGCCCAAUUCCUGGGCAACAGCGGCAACUACAAAAGCUUCGGGGACUCCAAGUUCCUGCCUCGAUGCGACGAGUCGGUGUUUGCUUCUCUCGCCUCGACAUCCCCCGAAGCCGAGAAGCAUUACAAGGCGACCAACGGCGCCAUAUUCUCAGCCGACAAACCGGGGCUUCUGCACCUCGGCUUCACAGAUGAUGGCCACUUGACCACCUACUAUCCCAACUCACCCGGCAUCACCAAGGAUGAGAUCGUGGCGGUCUCAAAGUGGAUGGAGAAUAAGAAACUUCUCCCGGAGAACACCAGGCUGCGGAAGACCAACGAUGGCGACUUUGAGCUGCUGAUUGCCUCGGCCACCACUAGCGUCCCUAGCAAGGGCGGCGACAUCGGGACGGAAACCAAGUAUGUGAUCGAUGAGGAGCCACUCCAGGGCAAAACCAUCAAGUUGGUCUACGGAGACUAUACCCGGGAGAUGAGCGCCAUUACGGACUUCAUCAAGAGGGCCGCCGAGAACGCGGAGAACGAGACGCAGAAGAAGAUGCAUCUCGCAUACGCCGAGUCUUUCGAGACUGGUUCUCUCCUAGCCUUCAAAGACAGCCAGAGGCACUGGAUCCGAGACCAGGGCCCGAUGGUGGAGUGCAACAUUGGCUUCAUCGAGACUUACCGUGAUCCCGCAGGCGUUCGGGGCGAAUGGGAAGGUUUUGCCGCAGUUGUCAACCUUGAGAGAACUCGGGCGUUCGGGGAGCUCGUGCGGUCUGCGCCUGAGCUGAUUCCGUUGCUGCCGUGGUCGAAGGAAUUUGAGAAGGACAAAUUUCUAUCGCCGGAUUUCACCUCUUUGGAGGUUCUCACAUUCUGCGGCUCCGGAAUCCCAGCCGGUAUCAAUAUUCCGAAUUACGAUGAUAUCAGGCAGCAAGAUGGUUUCAAGAACGUCAGCUUGGGCAAUGUGUUGAGCGCCAAGGCACCAGAUGAGAAGAUUCCGUUCAUCUCGGAGAGCGACCUGGCACUGUACCAGAAGUACCGGGAGGCCGCGUUCGAGGUACAAGUGGGUCUGCAUGAGCUCACAGGCCAUGGCUGCGGCAAGCUUCUUCAGGAGACGGCACCCGGCGUCUUCAACUUCGACAUUUCAAACCCUCCUAUCAGCCCCCUGACAGGGAAGCCCAUCAGCACCUGGUACAAGCCUGGCCAAACCUGGGGUUCCGUAUUCGGCGGCCUCGCUGGCGCCUACGAGGAAUGCCGGGCCGAGCUGGUGGCCAUGCAUCUGAGCUGUGAAUUUGCUGCCCUGAAGAUCUUCGGCUUUGGGGACGGCACGGUCGACAUGGAUGGCGAGGCAGGCGAUGUUCUUUACACCUCGUACCUCAGCAUGGCACGGGCCGGCCUGUGCUCGGUCGAAUUCUGGGAUCCCAAGAGCCAGAAGUGGGGACAGCCGCAUUGUCAGGCUCGUUUUGCCAUUCUUAAGUCAUUCCUCGAAGCCGGAGACGAGUUCUGCAAACUUGAAUACAAGAACGACGACCUGUCUGACUUGCAGAUCCGGCUUGAUCGGUCCAAGAUCUUGACAAGUGGGAGGAAAGCCGUUGCGAACUUCCUGCAGAAGCUUCACAUCUACAAGUCGACUGGCGACGUCGAGACCGGCACAAAGUUCUUCACGGAUAUGUCGAGCGUCGGGCUGGAGUACUGGGGGACCAAAGUGCGCGACGUCGUGCUCAAGAACAAGCAGCCGAGGAAGGUGUUUGUCCAGGCCAACACCUACCUGGACGAGGCCACCGGCCAGGUCACCCUCAAGCACUACGAACCCACUCCUGAGGGCAUGAUUCAGAGCUGGGCUGAGAGGGAGGCUUGACUGCUCGGUGAACCCUUGCCAAGAGGAUGAUGUCCCUCCUAUCAUUCGGUGCUGUAGAGCGCGAGAAGAGCAGUAACGUACUCUCUGGCACUUAAAAGUGGUUUCCAGCUUUACCGUGAUGUGGGUUUAGAAGAACGAUGUAGUCAAUGUGCUAUCAAAACACCA